AUGACAGACCAGUUUGCCUUUUUCUACCCUUCGCCGCUUGAGGGCUAUGAAAACCUUCCCCCUCUUCCAGAGGAACGCAAUGAAGAUGGGAAGUCGUUCAGGAACCCGCAGCAUGGGAUCCUGAGCAAGGCAUACGAGGAAUUCCCAGACCCACUGGAGAAAGGCCAUCGGGGUGGCUUCGAUAUUCACAUCUACCACUACCAGAACAACCCAGACCAGGUCAACUUUGCCAAAGCGCUUUGGCAACGGAUACGUCAUGAAUUUCCCGAACUUCGCAUCUAUUCCUUCUUCGGCCGGCCCAUUGGACCUCAUACAGUUGCGAUGUUCGAAGUCAACCUUUUCACUCCAGCGCAAUUUGGGGCUUUUGUCCCGUGGCUUGUCAUAAACCGUGGCCCGCUGAGCGCCCUGAUCCAUCCCAAUACGGGGGAUGAGCGGGAGGAGGAGCGAAACCAUACACAACGAGCUACAUGGAUGGGCGAGCGUAUACCCCUGGACCUUCGCGUGUUCAAGCUCAUGCGAGAGAAGCAAGGGCCCUGA